UAGGGAGGGGCAGCCUCUUUCAUCCCCGCUCCCGUUCCGGGUAUCGCUGAGUCAAGUUUGCAUCUUUCGCUCUCAGCUGAAACUUCAAUAAUUAACAAAUGGGGGCAACAGUCACGCCUUUUUCACUCACCAGGAAAACCUGUUUUACAACGGAGGAGCAGAAAUAUAUGUUCUGCAUUUACACUGAACAACAGCAGUGGAUACAGGAGAAAUAUAUGGACGGAAAGUAACCCUGGCAAUUCAUCGAAUUGUAAACGUGUUUACCAGAUGAUUCUGGUUGUUGUACCCUGUUAAAAGCCUGAAGGGAAAUAAUCGUGAUAGAGAGCCAGAUAGUUGCUGUAAGUUAAGUGCCAUUGGCAAGUGCAGGCACGCUGUGUUCCAUCCGACAGGAAAAAAUGAAAAUCGAGGAUGGCAAAAGACCCUCUUUCCCCUGGGUUGGCAUGGACAUUGGGGGAUCCCUGGUGAAGCUGGUGUACUUCGAGCCACUGGACAUGACAGCCGAGGAGGAACAGGAGGAGUCAGAGUGCCUGAAGAGCAUCCGGUGCUACCUGACCUCCAGCGUGGCCUAUGGCUCCAUGGGUAUCCGCGACGCCCACCUGGAGCUCAAAGACCUGACCUUGCUGGGUCGCCGCGGUAACCUGCACUUCAUCCGUUUCCCCACCCAGGACAUGGCCACCUUCUUCCAGAUGGCCCGUGAGAAGGACUGCUCCACCCUUCAAGCCAUGCUCAGCGUCACCGGAGGCGGAGCGUGCAAGUUUGAGGAGGAGUUCCAUGCAAUUGGGAACUUGCAGCUGCACAAAGCUGAUGAAAUAAACAGUUUGGUGCGUGGGGUGCUGUACCUGUGUGGCCAGAUCGAGUGCUACUCCUUCCAGAAUGUGCAGGACAUGGAGUGUUGCCAGAAGGCUCCCUAUGACCUGCAGGACCCCUACCCUCUGCUAUUGGUUAACUGCGGGACUGGGGUCAGCAUUAUCGCCAUCCACUCCCAGGAUAACUAUGAAAUUGUGGGCGGCACCAGCUACGGGGGCGGGUCCUUCUUGGGCCUGUGCAGCCUGCUGACUGGGUGCGAGACGUUCGACGAGGCCAUGGAGCUGGCCUCCAGAGGAGACAGCAGUCGCGUCGACGUGCUGGUGCGCGACAUCUACGGCGGGGACUACGAACGCCUCCACAUUCCGGCAUGGCUCGUGGUCGCCAGCUUUGGGAAGAUGAUUCAUAAGGAGAAGAGAGAGGCGGCCAGCAGGGAGGAUCUGGCGCGUGCAACGCUGGUCAGUGUCACCAACUGCAUCACCGGGCUCGUCUGUUCCAAAGGCAUCUUGAAGGACAUCCUUGACCGGGUGUUGUUUGUGGGGAAUUUACUGCGGGGGAACACUAUCUCCAGGAAGCUGCUGGCCUUUGGAGUGCAGUUCUGGUCCAGAGGUCGGAUGAAGCCACUGUUCCUGGAGCAUGAGGGGUAUUGCACCGCAGUGGGAGCGCUCCUCCAUCGGCUGAACGGCUCAGCCCCAGAAGCCUCGGAGGGACAGCAGCCCGGGUUCGACACUGAGGCCUGCUCUCCUCGGGAGACCGAGGAUGAUGAAAAUUAAUUCAUAAUUAAAGGAUCAGUGCUGAUAGAUAGAUUAGUGGAGAGUGCGAAGCUCACAUUGACAGGCACACACACACACACACACAGACACACACACAAACUGCACGGGAGGGGCAGGACCAAAAAUAAGCGGUCUCCUCACAGUUUAUCGGCGCGGAAACGCGCGCCCAACCUUUCGAUCCGCAGAGAUCUCCUUCAGUAGGGAUGAUCGACCGCCGCAGCGUCGCGGCGGCUUGGCGGCAUUGUCCUGGCAACCACUCUGCACCACAUAAACAUUACGCUCCCAGCGUUUCUCUCUUGAGAAUCCACAGAGCCGUACGUGGUUCUCGGCCAGAGCGUGUGUGCUCUGUAACGGAUACUGUAUCGGCUUGUAGAAGUGAAUCCAUGUUAUUUAUCUGUGCUGGGGGACUAUCUGGCUGUUCAUGACCUCAAGGGCGUGUUCCCGGUGAUCAGCCGUUUGAUCUUUUAGUAUGUGUGUCAGAGCUGGCAAGCUACGUUUUUAUAUAGUCACUACGGUACUAAGGGAAGAGUGGAGGCACUACGGAAGCCUAAUGGGGCUCCUAAAAUUUGUAAAGUUUAAACAGUCCAUGACAAAAAGGCCUUGCAAAUGGCCCAACCUCUUCCCUCAAUGGGAACAGUUAUGCUGUUUUGACAUUUCACUUUUUCCCUUUUCUCUAAUGGUGCAUUUAUUUUGUGUAUGGAAAUGGUUUCUCAAAAAAAAAAAAAACAGAAAAACUUGAAGUUCUAUUUUUGAUAGCAUAUGUGCUUUAAUGUAUAUCUUAAAAUAUGCUGAUUGUACAAAAGCAGAUCUGAAACCUAAAAUGGUUGCUGUGCUCAGUAGCAGCCUGAAACUCAUAUUGAAAUUGAAUGUUUGAUUAAUCGCUAUGAAAGAAGUGGUGCAUGUACCUGGGUUGCAGUUUUGUCCAUAGAAUUGUGUGCACCUCAAUAAGAAAAAAAUGGCCUUUUAGAGUCCUUGUUUAGAGUCCACUGUUUAGAGUGUUAUUAAAGCUGAUAGAAUAACAGCCUGCCUUUUUCACAUCAUUUUGAUGCGACCGGUCCACUGUGCUUUGGUUCAUUUCUGCUCUCCUGUCUGAAGGCUGUGAGCAUGAGAAUGGGUGGUAAUGAUGUGAAUAUUGGUGCACAAGUCAGUAGUGCCAUAAUACAUCCUGCCUCAACAGAUGCAGGCACCUUUAAAAUUCAGCUCUAAAAUGUUGCCAACAAUAUUUCUGCAAUGCCUACCUCAGUUAAAAUCCAGAAUGACUGUUCAUGAAGGAUGUGUGCAACAUUUUUAAGAACAGGCAGAGGGUGCUGUUUAACCUCCACUGCUUUCAAUUACCAGUAGAGGGCAGUGUGUAGCCUGUACUUUGUGCAGCUGAGACUCCAUUUUGCUCUCAAAUUUGCCUUGAGUGUUUUUUUACUCUCUGAAAGUAAAACGAUCAUUUCCUCUUUACUUCUUAUUUACUUCUUAUAAUUUACUUCAUGUCCUCUUACAUUUUUAUAUUUAUGUGGAUGUUUAGAAAGAGGUGACUCGUUUUUAAAAGGGGAGAAAUUACAGAAUAUUACUGAUCACUGUGAGAGUUUUGUUAAUAUAUUAUUUUUAAAUGCUUUGAUUUUUUUGUAUGCAUUCAUGUUGUAAUGACUUUCCUGUUGAGUCUAAAACUACAAUCUAAUGUAUCAGAUGUACAGGUUUGUUUUUUAAGAUGCUGCUUUUCACAGUUUUUCACAGAUAAUCUUUCAUUUUUGAUUUGAUUUCUAUUAUUAGUCUGUAUUAAAUACUGAAAUUGCACCUGUAAUUCGGAUAUCAAGUGUUUACUGUAUAAUUAAGUGUGAAUGUUAACUUGAAUAAAUUAACUAAACUUUUAA